UAAUAUCUGAUUUGGUCCCUAAAAAUAGGGAAAUACCCAGAAAGUUAUCGGGAAAGAUGUCACAUUUUUCUUCUGUAAAGACUCGACUAAAUGCAUCAAAGGGAGUAUCAAGCGUUUGCGAGCCCCUUCCUCCCGAUAGGCCUUUAUGGUUCCCUGGAAGCUCUCCCCCUCCCUGGCUCGAUGGAAGUAUUCCAGGAGAUUUUGGAUUCGACCCACUUGGAUUAGGAUCUGAUCCGGAACUGCUGAAAUGGUUUGCACAAGCUGAGUUAAUACACAGCAGAUGGGCAAUGCUUGCUGUGUCGGGAAUUCUGAUUCCAGAAUGGCUAGAAAGUCUGGGGUUCAUCGAGAAGUUCUCUUGGUACGACGCAGGAGAACAAGAAUAUUUCGCAGAUUCCACAACUCUGUUUGUGGUGCAACUGGGGCUAAUGGGUUGGGUUGAAGGUCGGAGAUGGGCAGACAUAAUAAAACCAGGGUGCGUGGAUAUAGAACCGAGUUUUCCACAUAAGAAGAAGCCAAAGGUCGAUGUUGGCUAUCCGGGCGGGCUUUGGUUCGACCCUUUGAUGUGGGGUAGAGGGUCACCGGAGCCUGUGAUGGUUCUUAGGACUAAAGAGAUCAAGAAUGGUCGGCUUGCCAUGCUUGCAUUCAUUGGGUUUGUUUUUCAGGCAAUUUAUACAGGACAAGGCCCUUUAGAGAAUCUUUCCGCUCAUAUUGCAGAUCCAGGACACUGCAAUGUCUUCUCGGCUUUCACAUCGCACUAGUGCUUGCUCUGCAGGAAGGAAGGAGCGCCAAGAAUUUACAUGCCAACAUGAUGUGUUUCUUCUUGUCUUCUUGAUUUUGUCCAUUUACAAAUGUAAAUAUUAUUUGAAAAUGACCAUUCGGAUUAUUUGUUGGUCAAAUCUCGAUUUGCUCUUAAUGAGAAGAUACGAAAUUCAUGAUACGUUUCUA